AUGGAAUAAGCGCUACAGAGUGUGAUGGAUUUGUAUAUAAAAACUAGUCUUGUGAAAAAAUGUGUCCAAAAGGAACAUUCUAUAAUGCAGAUUAAAAAAGAUGUUAAGAAUACAACUCUCUUUGUAUAGAAUGCUCUGCUUUAGAUACUUGAAAAGUUUAUAGAUAGUGAUAAUACUAAGCUUGAAGAAAUUUAAUGUGUAACUAAGUGCUCUUCAGGAUCUUAUCCAAACCCUUAAGAAACGAUGAGUUGCCUAUCUUGCCAUUAAAAUAGUAAAACUUGCAUAUGA